GAGAGAGAGAAACCACCAUGGCUGAUGCAGCUCUAAUCAGUGGAUUGCUUUCAAACUUGGCACCUCUGAUUAAGGAUAAAUUCUCGUUGUUUUGGAGUUUUAAGGAGGAGGUUCAAAAGCUAUCCAGCACGCUAUCUUCGAUUAGUGCCGUACUUGAGGAUGCAGAGAGAAAGAACGUGCAAGAGAAGGACAAACAAACGGAAGAUUGGCUGCGGAAACUGAAAGAUGUGGCGUACGAGGUUCGAGACAUCAUGGAUGAAUGCACCUUUGAAGAUCUUCGUCUUCAAGUCAACAGGCGUAAUGCCUCCUCUUCAACCCUGAUCCAGGUAACCAACUCAAUAACCCGUCCUUUUAGCAUUCCUAUGACACGUCUAAAAGUUGGUCACAAAAUUAAGGAUGUUCAAAAGAAGCUUGACCAAAUUUCUUCAGAGCGCCACAAGUUUCAUUUGCGUGAAUCUAUUCCUGACAAGUUUGCUAGUAGUUGGCGUGAAUCCAUGUCUCUUUCUAGUUGUAAGCAAGUAUAUGGGAGAGAGGAGGAGAAGAAAAAGAUUAUUGAUAUUCUGGUCAAUAAUACAUCUGGUGCUUGUGUUGAUAAAAAACUAUCUGUUCUACCCAUUGUUGGAAUUGGGGGUCUUGGUAAAACAACACUCGCCCAAACGGUCUUCAACGAUGAGGAGAUUGAUAAGCAUUUUGAAACCAAAAUCUGGGUUUGUGUUUCUGAUGAAUUUGAUAUUAAGCUAGUGAUCAAAGCCAUCUUAGAAGAAAAGGCAGAAUCAUGCUUGGAAGAAUUGCAGAAAAAAGUUAGAAAAAGAUUGAGCGGAAAAAAAUAUUUGAUUGUAUUGGAUGAUGUUUGGAAUGAAGACGUUAAUGCAUGGGAUCAAUUGAGGUCUAUUUUGGAUUGUGGAUCAAAUGGUGCAUUUGUCCUUACAACGACACGUAAAAAAAAUGUGGCAGAAAUCAUGGAAACAAUUCCACAUUUUGAAUUAUCAUCGCUCUCUCAAGAUGAUGGUUGGUUAUUAUUCGAAGAGCGCGCAUUUGUGCAUGGAAAACAAAAACCUCCACACUUUAUUAAUAUUGGUAAAGAAAUAAGUAGAAAAUGUAAGGGUGUUCCCUUAGUUACCAAAGUCUUGGGAAGUCAAUUGCAAUCCAAUUGUGACGAAAAUGAAUGGUACAGAAUAAGAGACAGUGAGAUAUGGGAGAUUUCACAAAAUGAAAAUUUAAUCUUGUCUAUUCUAAGAUUGAGUUAUUAUGACCUCCCUUAUCAUUUGAGAAGAUGCUUUGUGUUUUGUGCUAUAUUUCCCAGGAAUGCUGAAAUUGAAAAGGAGAGAUUAAUCCAAUUGUGGAUGGCCCAUGAUUUACUUCCUACAGUUAAAAACCAAGAAAUGGAAGAUAUUGGGAAUACAAUUUGGAAUGAGUUGUGUCGGAGAUCCUUUUUUCAAGACGAGAAAUUCGAUCAGUCUGGAAAUGAAAUAUGUAAGAUGCACGAUUUUAUGCACGAUCUUUCCGAAUCUGUUAUGAAAGAUGAAUGUUAUAAGUUGGAUGCUAAUAGCUCAAGUGAUGGUUUAAAACGAAAAAUUCGUCAUGUAACGGUAAUGGAUGAUGAAUUUGUCAAAAACUCAGUUCGUUCCCUUAAGAAAAUUGAAGGGUUGCAAUCGCUAAUAUUUCUCAAUGUCACAUCUGCUACUGAUAUGCAGAUAUUUUUGAGGGCCUUGAAGGAACUUCCGACUUUACGUGUCCUUGAACUAACACUAAUACGGGAUAAUCGGUUUUCACAACUAUUAGACCUACAAUUGGGUGAUCAAUACUCCAAAAUAUUUAGAAAUUUCCGGUAA